AUGCCGAACGUUCCUGAGUUCCGUACCACACUUUCCGAACCAUUUCUCCCUUUACGAAGCCAUCAGAGCUUCCGUACCAGACCUCCCGAACCAUACCUCAUUUUUCGAAAUCCUGUGGGGUUUCGUACCAGACGUCCGCAGCCAUUCGUCCCUCUCCGAAACUAUGAAGGGUUCCGCGCUAAACUUCCAGAACCUUUUCUCAUAUUACCGAACCAUUAUGGUUCCGCCAUACACCUCCGGAGCCAUUCAUCCCUUUCUGAAGCCAUAAAGGGCUCCGUACCAAAUCUACCAAACCACUCCUCAUCUCGCGAAACCAUCAAGAGUUCCGUGCUAGAGCCCCUGAACCAUUUCUCCCUUUACGAAGCAAUACGCGGUUCCGUACUGGACCUCCAGAACCAUUAA